AUGGAAGCGGAGGAUAGAAGUGGAAUACUAAACGAAUACAUAGAAGGAAAAAUGGGGACUGGCGCUCGAGGUCCUGAUGGAAUGCCAGGUGAAGCAGGGGCCCAAGGUCCAAAGGGAAAGAUCGGCGAAAUGGGAGAAACCGGAUCUCGUGGCUUCCCUGGCAUCCAAGGACCUUCUGGACCCCAAGGAGCAAAAGGGCCUCCUGGAGACUUGGGACCCCAAGGCUCGCCAGGCCCACCAGGAAUUUUGGGAGAAAUUGGACAUAAGGGACCUCCUGGCGAAGCCGGACAGCGAGGACUUCCGGGAGAACCUGGCAUGAAGGGUGAUCUUGGUCCACUGGGGAUUCCUGGAGAGCAAGGACUGGUCGGCCAACGGGGAGAACCUGGUCUUGAAGGAGACAGUGGCUUAGAGGGACCAGAUGGACUCAAGGGUGACAAAGGACAACCAGGCCCAGAAGGGGAACAUGGAGACAAAGGGCAAAGUGGGGACCAAGGGAAAGAAGGCCCCCCUGGCGUUCCAGGAACCCCAGGUGUCCGAGGUCCAGAAGGAAAACCUGGCCAUCAAGGAGAAAAAGGCAAAGCUGGACUUAAGGGGAGCAAAGGUCAUGAAGGACAACUUGGAGAGACGGGCCCACCUGGACCUACGGGCUCAAGAGGGACCCAAGGCCCCAAAGGAUCAAGAGGUACCCUCGGACCUAGGGGACCUCCUGGCCAAAUGGGUAUCCAAGGAGAGAUGGGAUUAAAAGGCUAUCAGGGACACACGGGCUCACCAGGCCCCAUUGGAUUUCCUGGACCUAAAGGGGAAAAGGGUGAACAAGGUGAUGAUGGGAAGAAGGAAGGACCCCCUGGACCCCCCGGAGAGAGAGGUCCCACCGGCAACAGGGGAGAUCGUGGGGAGUCUGGAGACCCUGGUUAUCCUGGACCGGAAGGAGUUGACGGAGAACGAGGAAAACCUGGGCAGCAAGGUUUGCCUGGACAUCCAGGCCCCUCAGGAACCCCAGGCCUGAAAGGAUCCAAAGGCACUCCGGGUUCUCUUGGCCUGCCAGGCCCCCAAGGGGUCAUUGGGCGAGAAGGACAAGAGGGCACUUCUGGAGUUGAUGGGAUUCCUGGAAAAGAUGGCAACCGUGGGCAAAAAGGUGAACAAGGUGAGGAUGGGGAAGAAGGCACUCUGGGAAUGCCAGGGAAAAGAGGGAACCUUGGAGUCCCUGGAUUACCUGGAGCACAAGGCCCCACUGGAUUCAAGGGAGAAAGAGGUUUGUCUGGAGAGAUUGGUCCAUUGGGGAAAAGAGGUUCUCAAGGUGGAAUGGGACUCCCUGGGACCUCCGGUGAUCCAGGGCCCAAAGGACAGCCGGGAGAUUUUGGGGAAUCUGGAUUUCCAGGGAUUGCUGGAUUCUUCGGCCCAAAGGGACCACCUGGAGAUCUUGGCUUCAAAGGUAUCCAGGGACCUAAAGGGCCCCAAGGACUCUGGGGUCAAGAAGGUGUCAUUGGUCCAGUUGGGAUUUCAGGUCCACCAGGAAAUUCUGGUCCUAAAGGAGAGAAAGGCAGCCAAGGUGAAGCGGGUCUCCAAGGUCCAAGGGGUAUCGCAGGCCCCCGAGGACCUCCAGGCCCCCCGGGCCCACCAGGAAUUGAAGCUGCAUUUGGGCAAGAUGACUUCGAUGCAGCUUUCCACUCCAUGUUGACUGCCAGCGCUGCCUUCAGGUCUGAGAGCUACGAACAGAUGGAUCUUCCGGCGAUGGAUCAAGAAGGGGAGAUCUUCAAGACCCUGCACUACCUCAGUGUCCUCAUCCAGAGCAUCAAGAGACCCAUGGGGACCAAGGAAAACCCUACCCGUAUUUGUAAAGACCUCAUGAACUGUGAACAAAAGAUGCAGGAUGGUGUGUACUGGAUGGACCCAAAUCUUGGCUGUUCUUCAGACAGCAUUCAGGUCACCUGCAACUUUGCCCAAGGAGGUCAAACCUGCCUCAACCCUAUCACAACAUCAAAGCUGGACUUCGAUAUUGGAAGAGUACAAAUGAAUUUCCUUCACCUCUUGAGCUCUGAAGUCGUUCAGAACAUCACUAUCCAUUGCUUGAACAUGUCGGUUUGGCCGGAAGGACCGUCCGAAGGGGCCUCUGUAAGCUUCAAGGCCUGGAACGGGCAGCUCUUCGAACGGGGAGGGCAGCUCACGCCGGAUGUUGUGGUGAACCAUUGUAAGAUUCAAGACAGUCAGUGGCAUCACGCUCUCUUUACCUUCCGGACGUACGACAUCCAACGGUUGCCAAUUGUGGGCAUCUAUAACCUUCCACCAAGCAAACCAGGGAAGGAAUAUUUCCUUGAGGUUGGGCCAGUGUGUUUCCUCUAGAAGUCAACUUUCUUGGUGCUCCACCCAUUGGCUUCUUUCAGAAGAAAGGCUGCGUCUUUGGCCAAGAGACUUGGCCACCUGGAGCCAAGAUCUGGGCCUUCAGCACUGGGACCAUGUCAAAUGGGAAAGCCUUUGCAGAUCCAUCAGCCGCUCCAUCUCGACAUGGGGAGAAAAGGUUUGGAAGAACCCAGGGGACUGAAGCGACUUCAGAGAAGGCCAGUUGAAGUAGACAUAUUCUCCACACAUGGUUGGACUCUUUCCCUUCAGCCAAAGGAGGAAAGAAAAAAAAAAGUUGCUUGCAGAAAACCCAAAUCAUUCAUGCAGUUUUUGGGUCACCAAGCGUAACAUUCCGGAACCCAGGUCCUUUUUCCUUUUUUUAAGGUUUUGCUGGACAAGACAGGGGAAAAAAAUCAAUGUUGCCAUCUUCUUAUGUUGAGAUUAUUUUUCAAUCUGCUCACUGUUCUGGAACAGGAAGGAUUUUGAUGUGCAAUAUUAAACAGAGAGAGGAGAAAGAGAGAGAGA